AUGGGAACACAGCUUUCGAAGGGACGUUUUACCAACAGGAUCUUGCUGGUGGUGAUGUUGCUGCUUAUAUUACUGUGUCAUACAGUAUGCAAGACACAUUCUAUUAAUUGCAGUAUACAUGAUGACGCCCUACCUAUUCCUCAUGAAUUUUACCAGCCAGGAGACAUUGUCAUUGGUGAGAUUGUUUCUCAGGUCUUCUUUCUCUAUAACAUCCCCUCGUUCAUGGAGCAGCCUACCCAGAUAAUGAUUGACGAACCUAUUUCAGUGCCAAAGAACUACCAGCACAUCCUGGCCUUAGCAUUUGCUGUAAAAGAGAUCAAUGAGAAUUCCAACAUCUUAUCAAAUAUCUCUCUGGGGUUUCGUAUCCUCAAUAGCUACUACACUGCAAGGAUGACCUAUAAGGCCACCCUGAGCCUGCUCUCCACAGAACAUAGGUUUGUCCCAAACUUCAAAUGUGACAAGCAAAACAAUCUGAUAGCUCUCAUUGGGGGAUGCAUCUCUGAAAUCUCUGCAAAUAUGGCCAUUGUUUCAGCAACCCACAAGACUCCACAGCUGACCUAUGGAUCAUUUCUGCCACUAAAAGGUGUCAAAAAGCUAUUCCCAUUUUUGUAUCAGAUGGUCCCAAAUGAAGCCCACCAGCACACAGGGAUUGUGCAAUUGCUUCAGCAUUUUGGGUGGACAUGGGUUGGGCUUUGGGCUGUGGAUGAUGACAAAGGGGACAGGUUUUUACAGACAAUGGUGCCAAUGCUUUCUCAGAACGGCAUCUGUUACGCCUACAUAGUAAGAAUACCAAAAUGGAAUUAUGUGGAUGAGAUGAUAGACUUUGCUUUACAGCAUUUAGGAACCUAUGCAAUGGUCUUUGAAGAAAACCCAACUGUGUUCUUUAUUUAUGGAGAACCUCCAUGCUUUCAGGUUUUGAGAAUGUUGCUAUUAGUAGCACCUAUACUAGGAUUUCCACCUCUGGGAAAAGUAUGGAUUGUUACAUCCCACUGGGAUUUUGCAUCACUGUCUAUACAGAAGAAUUGGGAGAUACAAACAUUUCAUGGUUCCAUAUCCCUCACAGUUCACUCAAAUCAGCCAUUAGGAUUUCAAAGGUUCAUUCAGAUGCUGAGCCCUUUUUGGGCCAAAGGAGAUGGUUUUAUCCAGGAGUUCUGGAAACAGGCAUUCAGCUGUUUAUUUAAAAUGUCGGAUGAAUCGGGGGAGGGAAAUGAAAAUGAAACCUGCACUGGCAAAGAGAAGCUGGAGAGCCUUCCUGGAAUUCUGUUUGAAAUGGACAUGAUUGGCCACAGCUACAAUGUCUACAAUGCUGUCUAUGCUGUGGCACAUGCUUUGCAGGCCAUAUACAAAUCAAACUCCAAAUACAGAGGAUUGAAAGAAAGGGGCAGACUGACAUUUCCAAAUGUGCAAUCAUGGCAGGUCCAUCAUUUUCUAAGGCAGAUCGUAUUCAAUAAUAGUGCUGGAGACAGUGUGUGCUUUGAUGAAAAUGGAGAAUUGGUUGCAGGUUUUGAUGUUACAAACUGGGUGAUGUUCCCCAAUGGUUCUGUGGUAAGAGUAAAAAUGGGAAAAUUGAACCCUCAGGCUCCUCCAGGCAGAGAGUUAACCAUUCAUGAUGAUCAGAUUGUGUGGCAUCCAAGCUUUAAUCAGGUGCUGCCCAUUUCCAUGUGCAAUGACAACUGCUAUCCUGGCUAUAGCAGGAAAAAGAAGGAGGGAGAGAAAUUUUGCUGUUAUGACUGUGCUCCAUGCCCAGAAGGAAUGAUAUCUGGCCAGAAGGGUAAGAGACAAUUAUAUAUGGAUGCCUGUAUCAAAUGUCCAGAAGACCAACAUCCCAACAAGGGGCAAACUGAAUGCAUUGCUAAAGUUCUCAGUUUCCUCUCUUACAGAGAAGAUUUAGGGGUCAUCUUAGCAAUCUUGACUAUUGCUUUUUCCUUGAUCACCAUUUUAGUUCUUGGAAUUUUUAUGAAGCACAAAGAGACCCCAAUAGUUAAAGCCAACAACCGGACCCUCACCUACAUCUUGCUCAUCUCGCUCCUCCUUUGUUUCCUCAGCUCCUUACUCUUUAUUGGGAAGCCUGGAAAUGUGAUCUGCCUUCUCAGACAAUCGCUGUUUGCUUUCAUAUUCUCUGUGGCCCUUUCCAGCAUUUUGGCAAAAACCAUCACCGUGGUUAUGGCAUUUAUGGCAACCAAGCCAGGUUCAAAAAUGAGAAAAUGGAUAGGGAAAAGAUUGACAAAUUCUAUCAUCCUUUCCUGCUCCUUUCUUCAAGUUGCCAUAUGUACUCUUUGGUUAAGUACUUCCCCUCCAUUCCCAGACAAAGACAUGCACUCAGCAAAGGCAGAAAUCAUACUAGAAUGUAAUGAAGGUUCAACUACCAUGUUUUAUUGUGUCUUGGGCUAUAUGGGUUUCCUGGCCAUUAUCAGCUUUAUUAUGGCUUUCCUGGCCAGAAAGUUACCUGAUAAUUUCAACGAGGCUAAAUUUAUCACUUUCAGCAUGUUGGUGUUUUGCAGUGUUUGGCUGACUUUUGUUCCAACCUACUUGAGCACCAAAGGAAAAUACAUGGUGGCUGUGGAGAUCUUCUCCAUCUUAUCAUCCAGUGCUGGGUUACUGGGCUGCAUCUUUUUCCCAAAAUGCUACAUCAUUGUGCUGAGGCCUGAACUGAAUAACAGGGAGCAAUUAACAAGGAAAAUAAAAUGA